UAAAGCUCACCAUUUGAUCUUUAUUCGUAUUGAACUGAAAUGAUGUAAGACCUCUCACGAAAUAUGAAAGGAACAAAUAAAGGAAAGCACAUGAUCUAUUCUAUGUUAACAAGGCAACGACAUUAUAUAUCUUCUAAAACUUCUGAACAUAAACUUGUGAGAUUGUGAGUGUACAGAAGCUAUUUUUCCACUCUGGUCUCUGAUUUCCUGAGGCAAAUCAGUACACAUGUGUACAAAAAUACUACCAUACAGCAGGAACAUGAAACCGAAGCUUGGUAUUUUCGCAGAAAAUUGUCUUCCAUUAAAUUUUCCCUUGCCUCGGAAUUAUUCUCUUUGCCUCCAGCUAAGUGGAAUAUUUUUUACCAAGCGGUUCAUCUGCUCAGGAAUGAAAUCUGAGACAAACCACAAUGUCCUCAGUGACCUUAAUGUAAUUGAUUUUAUCAUAAAUCAUCAAGUUGAUGAAGAAACAAAGUUUUCAUUGAAGUAAAUUGAUAUUAAUGGAGUUUUUUUGUAGGAAAUUUAAACUACCUUUGUUGAAGCUGUGUGUGAAUCUGCUUUUUUUGUUUCUGCUGAGGACUUUACAGCCUGCUGUAAAUAUUUCCAGCGAAUAAAUGUACAUUCAGACAUCGUUUUAUGCUUGAUAAGGAUACAGUUCAGUCUCUGCGUUAUCCACUUAUUUCAAUGAUGAUGUGUAACGAGUGUGGUGACUAGUAAGGUUCCAAUAAUGAUCUCCUAAUAAUGAGACGCCAGAAAUUCAAUUCAAUACUUGUCGCUUCUAUGAGAUCCAAAAUAGUCAGGGCUGUGACCUAUGGUUUUAGAGACCUUACAAAGAGUCGACAUCACAAUAAGAACAUAGAUACCCUGUUAAACAUUAACAGCCACAAAGUCUUCUGGUCUGGUUAAAAAUUAACCUCCAAAUACAGAAGCAAGAGAAAGAUCUUAAAGAAAUGUCUGCCACAAAAUCAGAGCACUUCAAAUUACUAUUAACUCCAUAUAUGGUAAUUACAAAACUUUUCCCAUAAAGUUUAGAGGCUCAUAGAAGGAAAUAUAAGUUCCAAAGCUAGUGAAAAGAUUUGGGCAAAAUUUAAAAAUUCCAAAACUUGACUCUUGUUCACUUUGCUGAGACUCCUGGACCCUGAUUUGAAGCCCAUCCUAUUCUGGAGGACACCAUAAACAUUAUUGGUCUUUAAUGAUGGCAGAUCUCUGGUGGAAGUGAGUGGGAUACAGCCAGGAACUGCUCUUGGCUGGGUUCAUAUGGAGCGUGGGUGUGAGCCAACCCACCUCCCUUUAGACCCUCCAGCAAAGUGCAGAGUCAGGUUAUCACAGAGGACUCCAAGCUUCCAGAAGAUGCAGAGCUUUGAAGAAUAGACCCUUAAAAGAGGCUGGAAUUUUAUCUACUUUCCUGUCCUCCUCAAUCAAAUUCCUUGGUUCAGUUCAGUGGACUCAGGCUUUAACCCACCUCAAGACAUUGUCCUGGCCCUGGAGAUGAAUUCCUGGCCCUGGAGAUGAAUGCAGACAGGCAAAAUCGUAGCCAAAGGGACACAACACCCACAAAAUUUCUGGCACCCUGAUCCUUCAACGAUCUUUCUUUUUUUCUGGUCAUCGUUGGGGCGAUCAGAGCCAUCCACGUGAUCAAUGUGUCGCUCUGCCACCAAUCUCAUAUCACCAGCAAUGAGUCCUCUGCAGGAGAGGUGACCUUUGUGGGAGGUUGGGUGAGGCCCUACAUGCAACUGCAAGCACUAAAGUGUCUGUAAGCUCAUCCACUGAAGGCACCUUCUCCUGUCCACUAGUAUUAAAGUUUGAUAUUUAUUGGACACGACUAUUAAUCUGGUUGCCUUCAGCAAACACAAAGGAUAUUCGUGCCAGGUGACUGCGGGGUGCCAAUGUUAUUCUGUAAGGGUGGGGACACCCUCCGAGUAGGUGACAACACGUUUUGGGGAUCCAGGAGAUGCAGAAAGCAUCCUACUAUGACAACCCCACUCUCUUUGGAGGCUACUCCUACCAGGCAGGCGGUCUGGGUUAUGAAGGGCCACAACAGUCUUUUGCGACUUCUUCUCACCUUGACAACGAUUUCCAGCGUUCAUCUUGCUCCUUGCAAUCCCUGGGACACAAUGGUCCAUUGGCUAAACCUAAAAACAUAAACGGAAGCUGCAUGCGGCCCAGCCUGGCGCCUGAACACCACCAGGCCUCUUCUCUCUCCCCCCAACCGAAUCCCACCGCAGCCCCCAGUAGUAGCAGCAGCGCCCAGUCUGGAGCAAAGUCCUCAUCAGUAAAAACACAGGUUCCUUCCAACACAACCAGCAAACAGAUCUUCCCAUGGAUGAAGGAGUCCAGGCAAAACUCCAAACAGAAAUCCAGCCCCCCUGCCGCAGCGGCAGAGAGCUGCAGUGGUGACAGGAGCCCCCCGGGUUCCUCUGCCUCCAAGAGAGCACGCACGGCCUACACCAGUGCACAGCUUGUGGAGCUGGAGAAGGAGUUUCACUUUAACCGCUACUUGUGCAGACCCAGGAGGGUGGAAAUGGCAAAUUUGCUCAAUCUCAGUGAGAGGCAAAUCAAGAUCUGGUUCCAGAAUCGCAGAAUGAAGUAUAAGAAGGAUCAAAAGGUAAAAGGGAUGUCAUCAUCCUCAGGAGGACCUUCUCCAACUAGCACUCCACCUCUGAGCAUGCAAUCCUCUGCAGGCUACCUUGGCUCCAUGCACUCAAUGACUGCAAACUAUGAGGCACCUUCCCCACCUCCCUUUAAUAACAAACCCCACCAAAAUGCCUACUACCAGACCCCAGCAAAAGGUUGUCCUUCCCAACAGAAGUAUGGAAACACGGCCCCAGAGUAUGACCACCAUGGCUUACGAGGGAAUGGAGCCAAUUAUGUCUCUCCUAGUAUGCAAGGGAGCCCAGUAUAUGUUGGGGGGAACUAUGUGGAUUCCGUGCCAGCACAAGGCCCUUCUAUGUAUGGUCUUAACCACCUUGCACACCAGCCCAAUAACAUGGACUAUAAUGGUGCCCCUUCCCUGCCAACCAGCCAGCAUCAUGCACCUUGUGAACCCCACCCAACUUAUACAGAGCUCUCAUCGCAUCAACAGGGAAGGAUCCAGGAAGCCCCCAAACUGACCCAUUUGUGAUUCAAUGAGGAAAUAUUUAGACUAUAGGGGGCGCUGAGCGAAGACACGGCCUAAGAAUCAACAAGAAGCAUUUGUGUUGAUCUGCUAUUGUAAUAUAUAUAUUUUUUACAUUUUAUUUUAUUUUUUACAUUUUAGAUGUUACAGGAUUCUAAUGUGUACUGUAAUGUAACUACAAUAUAAUCAAUACAAGUGCUUCUGAAGGCUGUGUUGUUGCCUGCUGGGGAAUAAUGUAUUGUUAGUAUUAUGUUGUAUGGAAUAAUAUUGGUCGACAUCAUUGGCAUUUGUUAUUCCUAUCCACUUGUAGCCCUCUAGCAAGUAGUAUAAGAAAUAUUUUUUUCAAAACCCACUUGGUCAGCAAUAGGCUUGGACAUAUAGUAGAUCUGAAAGAUCCUGGAUCAUUUAGUUUGUAUACUCCAUGUAUGCCCAUAGCUGAUCACAUGUUUAUUGUUCUGCAAGAUCAAGUAACAGGAGGAAUAUCCCUUUGUCGUGGUAGGAACCUAGGCCUUAAGAUCAAAAGAACAAUGUGCUAUCUAGAUCAUUGAUUUUUUGGUGUCAGUUCUUUGUUAAAAUAUAUUGGUUCCAACAACAAGUUCAAUAAUUGUGGGCCUUUCCUGAAGGCAAAAAAUAAAUAAAUCUCAGUCUCGUCUUAUCGUGAAUACAGGGUAUAUAGUAUACUAUACUGUACUAUACUAUACUAGGAGAUGUCUGCUCACCAAUCUAAGCACAGUGUCUGCUGUCUGUGCGGACAUCUCGCUUGCACUUCCAGUUUACAAGGGUGAGAGCAGCCCAGAGGCCCAGCUCAUUCAAACCUGGAUUGCCAGGCUUGUGUGACCAUGGGUAGAAAUAUUUAUUAAUGCUGCUUAUGGAAUCCGUUGAUACAAGUAUUUUUUCCCCUCAAUUUUGUAUUAUUUAUCCAGCAUAUUAACGUAUUUAUGAAAUUUAAGAAGGAAAAAAAAUGUACUUUUUGUAUUUUCUUGUUCUAAAGGUUGUGUUUCCCUGUCAUCGUAAAAUAUUGCCUAUUUAAUUCUAGUAUUUUAGAGAGAUAGUUUGUUUUCUUGUACUAAUGGGUAAUGUAACUACUCCUACCGGAGGCAUGGGAAGACUCAUCCAGCUGUUAUUGUCUAGCCAUGAAUAGGGAGGCUGCACAAAACCCUCUGGAGAACUCUUUGUUCCUUGUAGGCCAUUUUAUUUGCAAAAAAAAAUGUCUGUUAUAUAUAUAAAAAAAAAAAAAAAAGAACAAUCCUGGAAUAAACUUUGUGUUAUAAAAUCUGCUAGUUCAGUUCUUGGGACAGACUGGGGACAGUUACCAGACACCCUGCACAAGAUUCUGUAUAUGUUUGAAUGUACAAGGAAUGUCAAUGUUUGUUCUUAAUUAUUUAGCUGUCUGUAUGGAAUCUUCUCAGGUUAGGGAACAUAUAUGAAAAAGCACAGGCCCAGGUCUUCUGCUGAUUGCAUUUCUAUGGGUUUCUUCUAGGCAAAUAUAUAAAACACGCUGGAAGAGAAGGGGAGGUGGAAACUAAUAAAUAUAUAUUUAGAGAUAGAACCGAAAAUGCUGGAAACAUAUUAGAAGGGAUUGAACCAUAUUUACAUGCAGGAUCGUUUCUCUUGGACAUAACAUUAAUCUUAUGCAUAAGCAAGAAGUCGUGAUGCUUGUUUGUUCUGGAGACGUAGAUAAUAAUAAUAAUAAUAAUAAUUAUUAUUAUUAUUAUUGUUAUUAUUAACCUUAAUAUUUAUGCCAAUAUUCAGGUUAUAUUCAGUCUGGCAAUCAGGGAAAACAAUGCAGGGAUUAACAUAAUAGAAGAGAGAAAUUAAAAAUGGGACAACUAUGAAAACUAAAACUGCAUAACAAAAACAGAGAGGAUUCUUGGGAUUGUAGAAGGAGAAGGGGAGAGAAUGAGAAUC